AUGGACAUCAACAACUUCAACAACAUGGAUACGAAUACUCUCCACAAUCUGCUUUACCGUAGCGGAGAGCUCGAGGCAGAGCUUCGCUACGUCAAGGAGCAGCUGGCCGAGGCUCGGAAUGCCAACCAAUUCCUCCUUGCAAGACUCUCUGCGCCAUCGAGCGAUACCUACUCCGAAAGCAAAAUCAAUGCUAGCCUCCAGCAGAAGUACGAGCGUGCAAUCCACGAGAACGUCCGACUCAAAGCCCAACUUGGUCUCGCGCCGAGUGUUGCUCUCAAGGGUCGAAUCGGCAUUCGGCCCUCUUAUCAUCGACGCAGAGACAGUGUCGCUUCAAUAUCCGAAGCAUCUCGUGAAGGCACACAAGCUACUGUAGAUGAGCUCCUUAGCUUUGAGGAGGACGAUACGUCAGCACUUGAGACUACACUCCUCCAGCCUGUUUCACACGACACCGUCACUACUCUGACUCCUAAGAAACCAGAGAAGAAGAGAGACACUUUCGGACUGGGCAUUGCCCACUCUUUCUCCGCCGACACGAAUGACGAUCUUUUCGACCAAGACCAUCCUCCAACUUCUCAUCGCCAGAAGCUGCACGGCUUCGAGAUCAAGUACGGCGAUGGUACAUCAGCAUUCGUCCCUACCCCGAUUACCGCACCAAUUGAGCCUGUGGCUCCUCUUCCGUUCCACAAUGCAGAGCAUAUGCGCAUGAUGGGGAUGGCUUGCUUUCUGGAAGAUCAGACGCCUGAAGAGCGUGAUCGAGCUUGGCAUCGACAUGCUGUGAACCAUCCCCGUCACAAUGGCUAUGAAUACAUCCAAUACUAUGAGGAAGUGAUUCGGCCAGCGUACUUGGAGAAAAUGAAAGCUCGAGGGCAAGCACAGGGAAACGCUCGCUUAGCCACGGCAUCUCCACAGGCUGAGGUUGACCAUGAGCCGGAGCGAGAGAAGGGCGAACCCAUCGAUCAAGAAUUGGAAGCUUCUGAUGAGACGAUGGAGGCGAAAGGCAACGAGACACAGCCAUCUGAGGUGGAUUCUGUUUCCCCAAAGCCAGCAGAUCCAGCCUCGUUCGAUCAUCUCACCGUGAUCACUGCGAAGGAGGACUUGCCACCGAAAUCAGUCGGCAUCGAUGCAGACACAUCUCCACAAGUCGUGCUUGAAGUGCCACACCAGCUUGCGCUGUCGACGCACGCGGAGCAAAAGGCACCACAAGAAGUUCAACGUGCCGUAGACUCUGAUUUGCAGCUUCCAUUACAGCAUGACACGGCUGAGGCACCUCCUCGCUUCCAGCAUCGAGAUCGCGCACUCGGUCAGCGUCCUCGAUUCAUUCCAAGGGGCCCACAGGAACUCGAAGAGCUGUUCGCAACCUCGCCUCCGGAGAACAUUCAUACCUACCGAGCAGUUACAAUCUCCAACAUCCCAAAGUCAGCCACACUCCACGACGUCCUCUCCAACAUCCGAUGCGGCAGAAUCUUCUCAGCCAUCCUCCACGACACAGCUGGCUUCCGCACCAACCCACCGAUGGAGACAAAUGUAGUCACCGUCACAUUUACAUCAGGAAAAGACACGAAAGACUUCCUCAAAUCCUGCGAAACAAACUCAACCUUCACUCUCCCAACUACUCACGCGACUUUCGAAGCCGCUGUAGCUUUAAUCCCAACAAUCACCCGUCCUCUCCCACCCUGGAUUAUCUCAAAAAUGAAACUCGAAAACCUUAGCCGAGUCCUCUACAUCCACGAUCCGGAAAAGACGUUCCCGCUCGAUCGAGUCGUCGAGGAGAUGAUGCGUGGAGGAGCUAGAAAGCCUCUGAAGGAGAGCUUCGAUGCAGAAGUCCCAGGCCUGAUGCUCUUCGAGUUCGCGAGCCUUCAAGAGGCUGUCGACGCGCGUAGAGCUAUGGAGAAGAAUUUCAAUUUCUUUGGAAAGAUUGGUCGUGGAUUUUCGACGGAUCCUUGUGAGAAGGCUAAGGGGUCGAGGGAGGGUGGAGUCGGACUUGGGGAGGAGGCGGUCGAGGCUGGAGGGGGAGGAGAGGAGUUACUUAUGGAAUGUGGAAUUAAGGGGGAGGGAGAAGUGGAGAUGGUGGAGGGAUAA